AUGGCCCAAAAGUCGGAUAUAUCGGUGGAAACGAGCAAUGCGACAGCUGCAAAACCGAACCCGCCAUCACCAAAGUCUAGACUUGCAAUGCUGAAGAGAACCAAAAAAGCAUCAAAUGCAUCGUCUGAUCCGUUCCGCUUCCAGAACAAUGGAAUUUCCUAUAAGGGAAAGCUGAUCGGAGAGCAGGACGUUGACAAGGCUCGAGGAGAUGCGAUGUGUGCGGAAGCCAUGAAAACCGCCAAAAGCAUCAUCAAGGCUGCCGGCGCUCACAAGACGCGCAUCAGUCUUCAAAUCAAUAUUGAUGGAAUCAAAGUUCUCGAUGAGAAGAGCGGAGCUGUUCUACACAACUUCCCAGUCUCGAGAAUAUCCUUCAUCGCUAGAGAUUCGUCUGAUGCCCGCGCUUUUGGUCUUGUCUACGGUGAGCCAGGAGGCAAGUACAAGUUCUAUGGAAUCAAGACCGCUCAAGCUGCCGAUCAAGCGGUGUUGGCUAUCAGAGACAUGUUCCAAGUCGUGUUCGAGAUGAAGAAGAAGCAUAUCGAGCAAGUGAAACAGCAGCAGAUUCAAGAUGGAGGAGCCGAAACUAGCAGCAAGAAGGAAGGCGGAGUCGCUGUCGCUGAUCUUCUCGACCUCGAAUCGGAGCUUCACCAAAUCGAGCAAGGAGUACAACAACUUUCGACAGUGCCAACGAAUUGUGACGCAUUCGGAGCUUCUCCAUUCGGCGAUCCAUUCGCUGACAGUUUCAACACCACUGCCACGUCGAACGGAACUAUGAACAUGUCAGGAAAUGUGUCGAACAUGUCUGGAAACCAAGCACCAUUCGGCGGAGUCCAGCUGCCUCAUAUGUCACAACUUCAAAUGGCACAACAACCAACGAAUCAGAAUUGGCCAAGCUCCGGAGCUUCAUUCGAUGCAUGGGGACAACAGCCAGCAAUGCAUCAUGCUCACAGUACUCCUGCAUUCGGAUCAAAUGGAUUCUCUGAUACCAAUCCAUUCGCCUCGGCAUUCGGUACCCAACAAGCUCCCCCACCACCACUCCCUGCUGCCGCCCCUGCUCACUCUCAAUUCCGUGAUCCAUUUGCUGUCAACACUGCUCUCACAAGUUCUACAAUCGAUUGGAAUGGAACAGGAACGACGAAAGAGAAUAUGGCACCAUCCACGAAUGGUCAGUCACUUCAUCAUGCCAGCACAUUUGCCAACUUUGGAGACAAAGCUGACAACUGGACCGAGAAGAAAGUGACAUCAUUGGAAGAGGCAUUCACGAAGUUGGUCGAUAUGGAUGCAUUGGUUGGAGGACAAGGAAUGAAGGAAACGAAAAAGAAUCCAUUCGAGCAUAUUCUGAAUCCUCCAAAGGCCUCUCUGAACUCUCUGUCAACUACUUGCUCUGCUGCUCAGAUGGCUGCAACUCAACAACAACAGCAACAUGCUCCAUCGCGUGCUGAUCCAUUUGGAGAUGACUUCUUCCGAUAA